GGUGUACAGAGCCUCAGGCAAAGGCUUUGGCUGCUCAGCUUGAGCUGGUGUUACAGUCUCUUCCAUCUGGAAAUCAGCCGUGCCCAUGUCUUUCACAAGAGGUCAUGUUCACAGAGCACUGCUGGCUCUCUAGGGCUGGGAAAGAAACCUGAAGUCGUGAGUCUGGUGGAGCCCUGCGUGUUUCCAAACGCCGUGCUCUGAGUUCAUCCCACCAGUAAGGCUGUGCAGCGUGAGAACUGAGUACUUUGUAACUGUGUGUGUCUGAAUGCAUCAGCCUUUGGAGGUGAGCGUCUUCCCUUGAAACAGCCUCGUGAUAUCCAAGUGCCUUCUCUCUUGGGAGGUCCCUUGGAAGAGCCUGUCUGUACGUCUGACUGUGGGUGCCUGACAGGGUUGCCUUGCUUCCAGACCUGAACCAUGUCCCACCCAUCCUGGCUGCCACCCAAGAGUACCAAUGAGCCUGUUGGCCACGUUACUGCAAGGAUGGAGACCACACACACCUUUGGGACUCCCAGCAUCUCCGUGUCCACCCAGCAGACCCCAAAGAAGUUUGCGCCUGUGGUCGCCCCCAAACCAAAGUACAACCCGUACAAGCAACCAGGAGGUGAUGGGGAAUUUCUUCCUCCCCCGCCCCCUCCUGUGGAUGACCUUGGGAACAUCACAUCAUCACAAGGUGCCUUUCCCCCCCCACCCCCUCUGGAUGAUGUUACUUACAAUGUACAGGUGAAUCCUGGUGGCAAGACACUUGAGGAGAGGCGGUGCAGUUUAGAUGCAGAAAUUGACUCUCUGACCAGCAUCCUGGCUGACCUAGAGAGCAGCUCUCCCUACAAACCUCGGACUCAACAGGGCUCUGGGACCUCAAGCAGCUCCGCUGCCACCACCCCAUCCGUGUCCACUCCUGUCACUGGCCACAAGCGGAUGAUCAUCCCCAACCAGCCUCCCCUCACCGCUACCAAGAAGUCCACUGCCAAGGGCCCGGGGCAGCCAGCGCCCAUCCCGGUCACUCCCGUUGGCACCCUGAAGCCGCAGCCGGUGCCGGCCUCCUACGCCACGGCCUCCACGCCGAGCCGCCCGGCCUUCAACGUGCAGGUGAGGACGGCGCAGCCCAGCCCGCACUACCAACCGCCCAGCCCGCAGCCCGGGCACUACGGCAGCCUGGGGCCCGGCCAGCCCUACGCCGCCGCGCCGUCCCGCCAGCCCACUGCCCCUCAGUACGGAGCGCCACAGCCCCAGGGGCCCAACUACGGCUACGGCCCUCCUCCCGGCCGGCCCGCGGAGCCCGCCUAUGGAUAUGCGCCCCCGCAGGGCCGCUACCAGGACCCCUACUACGGGGGGUACGGCGGCAGGAACGGCUCCGAAGCGCCCUACAUGCCGCAGAGCUCCUGGAAGGCCGAGCCGGCGUAUCCUGCGAGUAAUGCCAUGGGCCAGGCUCCCCCUGGGCUCUACCAGCCACCGGGCACGAAGAAGACCUACAUCACUGACCCAGUGCUGGCCCCGCAGCCGCCCACCCCGCAGCAGAAGAGUGGAUACCCAAGUUCUGGACCUACAUCAAGCACUCCUGCCUUCAGGCCUGAGGAUGAGCUGGAACAUCUGACCAAGAAAAUGCUGUAUGACAUGGAGAAUCCUCCAUCUGAUGAGUACUUUGGACGCUGUGCCCGCUGCGGGGAGAAUGUUGUUGGAGAAGGCACCGGUUGCACAGCCAUGGACCAAGUCUUCCAUGUGGAGUGUUUCACCUGCAUAAUGUGCAAGAGCAAGCUGAGGGGACAGCCCUUCUACGCCGUGGAGAAGAAAGCCUACUGUGAACCCUGCUACAUUAAUACACUGGAGCAGUGCAGUGUCUGUGCAAAGCCCAUCAUGGAAAGGAUCCUCCGAGCCACUGGGAAGGCCUACCAUCCCCACUGCUUCACCUGUGUGAUGUGCCAUCGCAGCCUGGAUGGGAUCCCCUUCACUGUGGAUGCUGGUGGCAACAUCCACUGCAUUGAGGAUUUCCAUAAGAAAUUUGCCCCCAGGUGUUCCGUGUGUAAGGAGCCCAUCAUGCCAGCCCCGGGACAAGAGGAGACCGUGCGCAUCGUUGCCCUGGAUCGUGACUUCCAUGUCCAGUGCUACCGGUGCGAGGACUGUGGUGGCCUCCUGUCUGAAGGGGACAAUCAGGGCUGUUACCCCCUGGACGGGCACAUCCUUUGCAAGACCUGCAACUCUGCUCGGAUCCAGGCUCUGACUGCCAAGGCCAGCACUGAUCUCUGAGUAUCAGCUGUGACCCUCCCCAGGAUGCCCAUUGGGGGAUAUUGCACAAGCUUUGCAUGAUUUCUUUCCAGCCUAGGGUCUGAAUCUCUGUUAUUGAAAAAAAGAAAAAAAAAAAAGAAGAAAAAAAAAGUACAACUGGAAGGCCUUGGAACAAGAGGGCAGUUUGAGAGGCCAUGUUCAGACUACCCAUGACAGGCACCUAAUUUAGACACAACUGUCCAGGAGGGCAGUGAGUGAGUCAGAGCAGCUGCUCUAUCUGCAGCUGAUGGAGUUAAGGGUCACAGCACCUAAGUUAUCUGCCUGUAUAAGGAGGUCUGAACAUGGUCCUUACUAUGCUUCUGUGUUUGAUUCUUAUUUCUUAAGUACAUGAAGGUAGAGGGUGAAGGAUGGCUGAAGUAGUUAUUUCUCCCAGGUUAUUUUGAGAACCUGAGCAGCUCUCAUUGAAGUCAUGGGACUUCAAUAUCUGCUGAUGACUUUAAUAGGAUCUGUGUCACCAGCAGAAGUAGCUCCACUGUCCUAGAGGGUGGGAGAGCAGACCCAGCAUUAACACAAACAGUGCAACUGCAACUGUACUGCACCUGAGUGUAGGUGUGAUCUUGUAUCCUUGGGACACAGAUUGGUCAUUUCUUAGGCCCUUACUUGUCUCCAUUCCCUUCCAGUUCAAUAGUGUUUUUCUUUUACUCAUGAAAGUCUACUUAGCUAUUGCAUAAAUUUAUUCAGUAGUGAUGCUUCCAAUUCACAAUGUAUGAGCAAUCACAGAAAGAUGUGAGCUUGCACACACUGUACACUACACACACACUACACACUACACACACACAACAUGCUUUUGAUUUACCAGAGGCAUAAGCCAGUCAUGUCCCUUGAGAAGAUAUUUAAGGGAUGUGGGGCUGGAAACACAUUUCUGAAAUCCCAGUGGUUAAAAAAAGAUAAAAAUUACUACAUGGAACUGCAGUGCAAAGCGAUGCUCAGAAAAAUCUUACGCCACUCUCUCAUACAGCCCAUUCUAGUGGGACCACUGGCAGUGUUGGUCUCUGGGUAGACAUUCAAGCAAUAAAGUCUUUUUCCAUCUCC